AUGUCCACCGCUACACCUACCGCUCCUCCUCCUCAACCUGCGCCCGCCACAGACGUCCACACAGACCACCGCUCCCCCAUCUCCGUGUCCAGUCUCAGUCAAGUUGAGAAGCUCACUGGUGCUCUCAACUACAAGGCGUGGGCUGACAAUGUUCAGUCCAUCCUCAUGAUGUACGACUACUGGCCCAUUGUCAAGGGCACAGAACUUCGUCCAGGCAAUGAUGACAGAGUGGGACAAAGGGUCUGGGACAGGAACGAUGACCGCAUAAUUGGUUUUAUCCGUCUCUUGGUUUCAUCGACCAUUCGGUAUUCGCUCACCUCGCUCAACACGUCCAAAAGAAUCUGGAGUUCUCUAGAGUCCUCCUACGGUUCCGCUGGCGACUUCAACGACUUCCUCGCCUUCAAGAGUCUCACUUGA